CUGCUACUUCAUUACAUUAAAUAUAUAAACGAAAAAUACCCGCACAUCGGCAGCGAGGUUGCGUACACGGUGAAACAGGCUGACCCCGAAAAAGAUUACUAUUUCCCAGAGACGUUCAGGUCCAGUGCCAGUGUGGUGGAUGUGACCAUAACCAAGAAUCUGUGCGAAAAGGUAUCCUGCAAUUCGGCCACAAACAAGGGUGCCUGUAAAUUUGGCGAUCCAGCCUCACUGUACAGGAUAGGGGACAUGGAAAAGUUUAAGAUGCAAUGCCAACCGGCGUGUUACAAUCUAAAGAAUCAGAGAGUGUUCGACGAUGAUGGCAAAGAGGUGGUGCAAUCCCAUCGAUUCGAAUGGAACAAGCACAACAAGUGCGAAUUCGUAAAUUCCGCCGUCACCUGGAUGGAGAAACCAUUCUACCGUUCCAUGGAAAUUUACGAGAAGCGUGUAAACGAUCUCGAAUUGGGUUUCAAUUAUGACGAAGAUUUGGAUAUGUACUUUUACAACAAAUACUAUUGCAACGUGUACUUUGACACCUACGAUCCCGCCACCAAAAACUGCAAGACGGCAUGGUAUGAUUUCAUUGCCAACGUGGUGGUGGGUGAGAACAUUAUGAAAUUAUUAAAGGCGGGCAUUAGUUACAUUGAGAAUGGCAACACCAUAAUUCCCGCCCGUCUACCGCAACCCCCUAAAAUUGAUGACAAAUGGAAAGUUGAGAAUUGGAAAAAAGAUAUAAAUCCUAAUUUCGUGGUGCCCAAUACGGAGAUCAAAUUUGAUGUGACUGGCACUGGUAAAAGCAGCAGUACGGAUGCAACGAAACGGUUAGCUGAUAGAUAUGCCAGCGACACGGGAACAAAGAAAGAUGAAAGUGGAAACAAUGAUGACAAAAACAAAGAAGAAGGCAACUCAUCACAGAACGUGGUGGAAGCGGUUCUGGUGGGUCUGUUGGAGAGCAUAGUAUCGACGGAGUUCUUGGAAAGCAUCGCCGUAGACAUGAGUACCACCAUUUUGGUGACACAACUGAAAAAUUUUGCACUGAAAAUUCUAGAAAAACUAUCAGUUUCAAUGGCCGAGGCGGUGCUAAAGUUGAACGUCCAACUGUUCGAGAACAUUUUGAAAGCGUCGGUGGUGAACGUGGCCAAGAACAUUAUACAGACGCUGGCUGUCCGAAGCUUGGGACUGCUGUUUCAGUUUCUCGCCAAAUCUCUGGUGUUGCUGAGCACCGGCAUCGGUAUAGUGCUGAUGGUGGUUCAAAUCUUCGAUCUGCUGUUCGUGUUCUGGGACCCGUUGGGUUUCAACAACAAAUACCCCGAUGGAUAUUUGGAGAAGUUGUACGACAACUCAAAGUAUGCACUGCGCAAACAGCUCAACACCAACGAUCCCGUGCUGACGUUCGAAUAUCUGUGCAGUAUACUGCUCAGCGAGGCUGAACUUACACAGAUCAGUCUGCAGAGUCUGGUAUAUUCGUACGAUUAUUUGUCCCAUCUGACCAUAAAUGCCAGCGGCUCCCGUAUUGAUAUCGGACAACAGCUGGACAACGAUAAGAUAGACAUACCGAAUAAGAUGAAAGAGCUGGUGGUGAAGAAUAAAAUUUACAAUUAUAGAGAUUUUCAAAACUAUGAACAAUCUCACAUGGAUAGAAUUCAGACGUUCGGCAACAUGUUUACGUUUUCGAUCAUCUCCAUGGUCUUUGGUCUGGGUCUGAUGGCCUUUAAGCUGUACACUUUCGCGCUGCUAAUAUUUUUAGUUAGUAUACUUUUUAAUUUUGCAUCAUUCUUGAACAUACAAUUCAAUGUGUAA